AUGUAUUUUUCUACUCAUGUGAUCCUGCUUUUGAAAAUGUCCGUAGCAAUUUGUUAUCGAGAAGAAUUUAUUGCAGCUAUGAAGGAAUUUAUUUCAAUUAAAGGAAUUUUUGGAAGAUUCCAUGGAAAUCAUAAAAGUAUUCUAAAAAUGGGGGAGAAGAGGAAUAAAACUAUCAUUUGGAGUUACACCUCUAUGAUUAACUCAUACAUUGUAAUAACCACCGUUGCUAAGAUUAUCAAAUUAUUUUUAACCGAUGAAGACGAUAUUAUUAAUGGUCGAGUUGUUUACAAAGAAAUCCUUUAUUUUUUUACACCGAUCCCAGAAAAUCCUUCAAAAUCUUUGUGUAUCUUGAUUUCAGCGUGGCAUACUUUCGCAAUGUACUUUUUAACAUUACAAGUACUUGCUUUAGAUUCGCUGUUUAUGAGUAUGACUAUAUACUUAACGAUGUUGGCUAAAGUUAUCGAUAAAGGUAUUGUAUCAAUCGGAAUUGAAGAAGCUAGUUUGACUUUGAUCGAUGAUGAUAGAAAAGCCAAAUUGCAAAAUAAAUUAAGGUCCAUUACAGUUCCUUUACAACGAUUACUUACGUUGGCUAAAAAUGUCGAUAGAAUUUUUAGGUAUAUGUGCUUUCCACAAGUUACAUUAACUUUGUUUAGUUUAAUGACAACGUUGUUCACAGUUGUUACAGCUGAAUUAUUUAGUCCAGCUUUUUUCGCACAACUUCAACUUUAUAUAAUUUUAUUAGUUCAACUAAGCGUUUAUUGUAUAUUUGGGCACAUGGUUACGGUCUCUUUUUCAGAAAUUCCGGUGUCUUUAUAUGACACUCCUUGGUACGCAUCAUCACCGCUAUUCCGAAGAAUGAUCUUCAUGAAUCUUUUACGUUUAAACGAACCAGUUUAUAUAACAGUAGGAAAAUUCACCCCUCUUUCGCUACAACUUAUAGGAAUGGUUGUUCGGCUAUCUUAUUCUUGUUUCACAUUAUUACGAGAAUAAUUUAAAACCUUCACCAAAU